CAUUAUCUUCAUGAAGACACUAUACUAUACAUCACUAUCCGCCCGGACUCCUUGAUGAAGUUCCUCACAUUGCAUCUGGGGUGACUGCAGCUAGACGGCUGUGUCAGGUGCUAGUCCUUUCUUGCAUUCUCAAUCUCAUUGCUGGGGAAAAAAUAAGAACGACUGGCCAUGGGUGUCUACUCGCUGGGACGUCGAGGAGAGCGAGGAGCGGGAGCGGUGUUAGUCAAUUAGUGAUUGCAAGUGCAAUGCAGAGAAGGUAGAAGUAUCCUCGUUAGAUACCUGCGCCUUGCCGUGCUGCUUUCGGAGGUGUUGUAUAUAUGAGAUACAAGUAGGUAUUAGAGAGUCUGAAGCUGCUCAUGGUCAUGCUCAUGGUGCAACUACUUACUCUUUCAAAAUAGCACAAUAGGGGUGCAUGUGACAAAGGUCCGGCUUGAAGAUAACGAGCUUCCUUCGGCCAACAAGUUGUCAGUCACUUCAACAGGAGGGGCUCCUGUUGCGGUAAUCUACAUGAAUGAAUCAUUCCAUUGCGCCACUGCUGCUGCAGCAGAAGUCGGGUAGACAAAUCAUGACACCGCACUUGCUGCCUAUGGAUUAUGAGUCAGCGGGGAAAUCCUCAAAAUGUAAACGGGAUGUAAUGCAUGCGCGAGCAGACUGCGACUGGUCAGGUCAGGGUGCGAACUAGUAGCGAAGAUGAAGAAAUGCGGACGCGGAGGAAUACAAGAAAAUCUGAAACUACUUGGCAUUUAUUUUGACAUCUAAAAGUGAACACCGCAACUACACGGCAUUUUUGACAGAAGGAUAAGAAAGGUGUAAACUCGAAAAAUUUAAAAUGAAAGACCACGCAUAGAAUAGGCGGCCAUGUUGAAAGGGGGAGUCGGCGAUGGUGUCAGAUACUGAUACCCCGCAUGUUGCAACGCGUACUGCGUCGCGCGGAAGUUGCAACAUAGGUUGCCGUUUAGAUCGGUUUAGCAGCGCAACCGAUUUGUAUUCAUUUCGAUGAUUUUCCUACUUUUGGCAGCACUUUCAUACUGCCUUUCGACUGUCUGUACCCACAGGACGCGGUAAAUGCGUUAUUUAAGAAAUUGAGAACUCCGUCGUCCUCGUCUUCGUUAGGAACAGGCAGUGGCGACAAGAAAGGAAGCGCAAUUGCGGAGAAUUUCGUACGGGAAAGCUCAUUCUUCAAGUCGUGCUGCGACACACUGCCGAAAAGUGAUACGGACAAUACGGCACUCGAUCCAGUGGUCUUCGCUCCCAUAAGUAUCAGAGAUGGGCUUUGGCUAUGCCUAUGCUUUUCUUCUCUACUAUACUUUUUUGCUUGGUCGUUCUAGAAAAGAAGUUGGAUUCCAUUACCAUUUGAAGGAUAUCCCGAAAAAGCAGACGAGAAAGCGAAUUUGCCCAAAGGGAGUGCAUUCAAUUUUUGCAUCUUUCUUGCGCCUGCUCUCACUUGUUGCUACGGAGCUUGCACUUCCUUGGCGAGCUGCAUGUGAAGCGUCUAGGUCCACAUGAUUCGCUUUACCUAAUAAAACCCAGAUUAGCAGCUGCAGCAUUGAAAUAGUAUGAGGAGUUGAAGAUGUGUCGUCCUCCGAUACUAGGUGCUACAACGCACGGGCGUUUGCUAUUGCUUCGGAAGUGCCAUGAUAAAAUAUGCUCAACAGUCAACCUGCACCAAACCCAAACACCAGAUGAGUGCGCAUUGGAGGCGAUGUUGCAGUAUCACAGCGCAUGCCUUCGCUACUGCUACGACGUCGGCUUUUCGAGCAUCGCAGCGAACUUCGUUUGCUCUUUGUUGGCGUUUCUGCUGCGGCUCUCCGCGAGGGGACGAUCAAGAUUGAGUAUAUCCCAUGAACAAAAUCCCCCUACCCCGGUUUUUCAUCGUUUUUCAAACUAUUGAGCAGGUCUGAAAAAAAAAAAAACGCGACCCGGUCACAUGACCCGAGCGUGUGGACCUGAGCGACAGACUCUGUGCACUAGCUAGGGAAAAGGUGGACGAUGAGAAGUGACCUUGUGCACACCAGCCACUUUAUCCGAACCAUGUGAGAUAGCUAGCAACUUUUAGUUUAUCAGACAUGAGCCAUCCGAAAUUUGCAUAUACCAAAAUAGUGCUCAUGUCCGAAAUCCGUGGAUCUCGGAUCUCGAGAUCAAGUCGAGACCCGAGAUCCGCGGACUCUGCGGAUCCGAAAACUAUUGAGCAGGUCGAAAAAAGUAAAAACCCGAGCUGCCCAAUAGUUUUACUUACAAAUGCAAAAACAUGACCUCCCUAAACGUGGACCAUACCGCGCAAGUUCAUACUGCGCCCCCGAACAAACUUGGGGACUCUGCUGCCAUCAUGCAGCAGAUAGCUUGGUCGAGCCGGUUGCUGAGCAUACCACGCAUCUUCGUACUGAACCCCCGACGGAGAACCGAAAUCAACCCAAACCGAAAACCAUAGCGAUCAUUUGUCGUUUUUGUGCUGCGAAAAAUGCAGGAAAAUCGUCGGGGUAGCUGCCCGAACAUGCAGCGGAGUGCGAUUUUUUUCAAAUCAGGCCCAUUGCGCCAAAGUGCGCCGCUUUUGUUGAUUUUUGCAAAUUGUGGGCCGGCUCGUGAUUUUUCAUUCCACUUCUAGGGCUGGCCCACCAGAAUACUCAGAGCCGGGGCUUCAGAAGUUUGCUGAGCCUUUGGACCCAGAUAGUGCAAUAUUACUAAUGGCAGUACUUUCAUACACAUGCGCGCUGCGCGAAAUUCGGAUGGCUCGCGCUUGAUAGUUUCCAACUUUCUAGCUAUCUCACAUGUUUCAAAUUAAUUAGCUCUUAGUGCGCAAAGGGUGCUGCUUCAUGGUCCACCUCUUCCGCAGCUAGUGCACAGACACAGAGUCUGAUGCUCGGGAACCGACGUCGGCAUGUGUGAGCAGGUGCCGAAAAAGAAAAAAUCAAACCUGCUCAAUAGUUGAAAAAGCGACGAAGUUCCGGGGUAGGGGGAGAAAUUUCGUCGAAUAGAGUACAGCCCUGCUUUCAUUCAUGUGAUUUUAUAACAGGUGAGAUGCAAGCCUUUACGCCUGUUGUUGCGGUGCACACGCAGAGCGGAAAGCGCAGCAAAGCCAAAUGCAUCCUGACCACGCGCAUUUGCAUUUCUGCACUUGCUUUAUGCUCCGACCGAUUUUGUACGCAUUCUGCCUCUACUAGAGGCACGAGGAAAGAUGCGCGAAGAAGACAUUGAAAAAAGAGAAAGAGCUACUAGUUGAUCAUGCGCAUUCUGACAGCGACCGCGCACCCCAAAAGCACUGAAAUUCUUUUAAUUACAGUAUUACAGUGCGUGCAUCGUCAUCAUUUUUAUUUUUUGCUGCAUUAAUCAGGUGACGAAAAAACCUAGCCUAAGCCAACGACGUUACCACUAGGGUACCAGGGCAGGCUAUUCCUGCCGCGCGUCGGAGGAGGGAGUUGCGCCGAGCCCCGCUCGAACUAAUCACCAUCAUCAUCAUCAGGUGACUUCAGUGGAGAUUUGCCACUGCAGAAGGAAGUACUCGUUGCGUAUCGCGAUGGUCUGCUGGCUUUGUACCGUGACGGAAUAUUAAUUGCGCUUGGAGAGAGCUUGCCGCAUAUGAGCCUCAGUACAUGUUCUUGUAGACAUAGUCGCAGUCGGAGUCGACUCACACGUCUCUUUGUUCAGAACGAAUCAAGCGAGACUACAGACUGCAAGUCGCUAGUAAGGGUUUUUAAUUAUGACAAGUGCUCUGUGCAGCUUGUCUAGCACUAGCACUUCAGCUGGGCCGCACGCGGUUCGAUAUUGUGCACCCAGUCUAGAAACGAAUAAACCGACUGGGUGAGGUCGUGGAGCCCAUACAUUCUCAUUCAUCGAUAGACGAGAGGAAGGUGGUCUCUUGAUAUGAUGAAAUGCGCUCAAUGGAUUACGAUUGGGUGGGUGGGGCUCCCGAAAUGCGCGGCGCGCACUAGCUCUGGAGGGCGGGUGGAUUACUCAUUUCAGCACGACUUUUCCGAACUGCGGAAGCUCUGCCAGUCCUGGGCCAGAUAACUUAGUUUCUUGCCCUUGUCAAGUUCUCGCUCUUUGGCUCCUCCUUUAGAUGAUGGCGGGGAACAGAUGGAACGACCACAAACCUGAUACUUGUGAUUAGUGCCUGCGCGCAUUUUUCUCCGGAGAACUGCGCUGCAGGGUAGCAUCGCUUGCGCGCUCCUCGCGUUCUUCUUUUUCCUCAUGCGCACACGACUUGCCAAAGAAUUUCAAUUUCUGCGCCAUGAGCCCAAAAGAUGCCUGCAAAGAGCCGCAGACUUGUCCGACUUUUUCACACGUCUGGAGGCGAUGUGUGUGCCUGCGUGUCCUCCGCGGAGGUCCGCUUUCCGUUGAUGAGCUUGAGCUCAGCUCUCGGACUCGGGAGCAUUUUCAAUCUGGUACUGCGCGCGACAAGAACAUCGAGACUGACUUGCAUGGUCAUGGAGAGGCGGAUAUGACUAUGAGGAAAAGGGGUGAGUUGUGUCAUAGCGUAAUUUUAGCGACUCUGGUGCGGUAAGUUUUUUACGGAAUCAAAUCUGCGGGGGAGUCCGAGCUUGUUACCACCUAUGCUAUGCGGAGCCUAUUCAAGCACUACAAACUUUACCAGUAGUAUGAAAUUGCGCAUCAGUUUUGUUUCGUGAUUCGUCCACAGCUCCUACUUUUAGAAGCUCUUGCGUGAGCCGCGCUUAAUUCUUACGGUGGCCGCCCACCACUGCGACGCACAGUUUGAGGACUUGUCUGGAUAAUAUUUUUUCAUCUUCAUGCUUAUCUUCCACUCCUUCCAUUGGUCGUCAGCGUUCGCGAUGGAGACAUGUGGAGGCGUCAUGACACCGUCACUGGGUCUUCAUGCAUAAAAGUGUGUUUGCUUACGCAGUCGAUCGCAAGGUAUUUUACGUGCCAUCAACAAUAUUUUGGACUUUUUCGAUGCGUGCGCGUCUGAGUCUUCAGAUCGAGAGGUCACAAAGCAUUGAUUUCAAUUUAAAGUAUUUCGCAGGUGACCACUAUGCAAGGUAUUUCAGCUUCAGUGCGUUGUACGAUAUGCGAGGGCAAGAUGGAGGCCUUCGCCUUCCUAUCUUUCGAUACUCGCUGCAAAAAAAAGGGUCACUGUGGUGCAACAACUGCGUCGACGUGAAGGCUCCGUUGCGUAAAGAAUGAGCUGGUAGUACGUAGGUGUGCUUAUGUGGAGGUAGGUGAAAAGAGAUAUACUUAACACAAAGGAUGCAGCUCUCAACAGUUGAAGUUGUUUCAAGGCGUCGCGCAGAAGAAUGAGAGUUUCCUCCCAGGGCCAACAGCGUGCGCGCACUGAACAAGGCGCUACUUUUCAUACGUGAGAGCGAGAUGACUCUGGAAUUUUUUCGUGCGGACCAGCUCCCUGCUAGUGGACCUUGGGAACAGCUGACGGGUCUUCCUAACCCCGCAGCAGUACAUGCAGCCAACGGCUACCCUGCAGCAGCGUCAGUGGCGGGGCAGCAGGACGAAGUUCAAGUUGGGGAACAAGAUGGCGGCGCUGGAACGGAAGCCGAUCUGAACGCAGCAGGCGCCACGCCUUGUGGGGACAAUACGGGAACUUCGCCUCUCGAGAACGCCCGACUGGAGCGGGCUAUUCAGCGCGAACUCAGUGAGAUACAGCGUCGCUCGGACAAGAUGCUGGCGUUCAUAAACGAAACGAAGGAGAAUCAGCCGGCUGGUGCUGCGGCGAAGGGUACUUCAGAUACCAGCGCACAAUGACAAUCGCGAUGAAUGAAGAGGAGCAUCGGCAUCAAUUCUGAUGAAGAAAGAUCGGCAAAUAUUUGUGCCUGCAGAAACGUUGAAGAGUGUCCUGGGGUGAGUAACGUAGUUGACCGUUCUGAAGAGCGAAGCCAAUAAGAGAGAGGGAGAGCGCAACUAAAUUAUACCCGCCAUCUUGCUGUCUUUCGAUAGCUUGGCGACGAUGAAAUGUUGUUCACAAUUUGAAUUUAUUAGAUUUGUAAUCCUCCGCAUAGAU